GAAAUUUCAUGAAUAUGCUUGCUUCGUGUCAAAAAGAGAAUUGGUUGUAACUGGGCAAAAUAUUACUGUGUUUUGUUUAACCCUUAGUGAAGUCUUAUAGCAACAAUUAUUUUAAGAGUAUUUUAGUCUACAACAACAAUUGAUCUAAUACAAAAUGAAACGAGGUUAUGACUCAAUGAACUCUUCGAUCGAAAUUAGUUCAUACCGUGACCAACAUUUUAAGGUUUGCCAAGGAUCCAGAAGCGAACAAGAGAAGUUACUUCGAACGACUGCAACUCUUUACAUAGGAAAUUUGUCAUUUUAUACAACAGAAGAGCAAAUAUAUGAAUUAUUUUCGCGGUGUGGUGAUAUUAGGCGGAUAAUCAUGGGAUUGGACAAGUACAAGAAGACUCCUUGUGGAUUUUGUUUUGUUGAAUACUAUGCUAGAGAAGAUGCAGAAAACUGUAUGAGAUAUAUCAAUGGCACGAGGUUAGAUGACAGAAUAAUCAGGUGUGAUUGGGAUGCGGGCUUCAUUGAGGGGCGUCAGUAUGGACGUGGGAAAACAGGUGGACAGGUGCGGGAUGAAUAUAGAACCGACUAUGACGGCGGGCGCGGUGGCUAUGGUAAAAUCAUUGCACAGAAGAUCACCCCAAAUACCAUAGAACGCCAAUGAUGGCAAAGGUGCAGUUUUGCUAUGUUGUGUAAACUUAUGUUAUUUGAGUGUGAUAGCAACUUAAGAAAGACUGGAUGGAAUGUAAUUUAAAUAGUCAUAAAACUCAUAAACUUUUUUUAUAAGUAAAACAACAUGUUUUAUUAAGAAAUAUUUAUUAAAAUCUCAUAUAAGCAUUUUAACAACUACAUGCA